CCUCGACCUAGAGCCAUCCCCUCUCAGCUUGACCACAUCAUCUCAGUCCAACAAACAGCCCAGUGGCGUCUUUUCAUGGGAUGAUUGGGGCCGUACACCUCGCCAUAGCAGUGAGUUGUGGCUUUAUGCGAUGGACUUUGACUUCAGCUACAAAACAAACUCGAAGCACCAUGAGCAGUUUCUCAAAAAGAGGCUUUCAUUCAGAUUCGGGGGCUACAAGCCGACCAAAGGACCACAGUCUCGGUCACAGACUCACAGUCACGGUCGGUCCCAGUUGCAGUGACACCCUCCAACUUGGCUUCUCAUUACUGUGGCUCCGUCCUGUGCAAACACCGCGUCCAACUGAACAGGGGAACCACAUGAGCUUUUUCUUUUGUCAACAGCAUCCAAUAACAUGGCCGGCCAUCAGAGAGGAAAGCGACAGGGCCCACGAGGCUGCCUAGGUGACUGAUGGAUCAUCAUGUUGAUUUCAUUCGACGGCAUUCUU